GUUGGGUGGUACCCAACUACGAAUCCCAGCAAGCAGUGCGCGACGCAAGGACGCAAGAGGAGGAGCCUGCAGUUGUCCAGCCCCGCGGAGCCAGACCCACUCUGACACCACUUUCGGGGGCACCACGCACCGUGAGAAAUCCUGGCUGCCACCUCCACAGACGUGCAUCGAGGGCCACUGGUGUGCCAGGCACUGUGCUAAGCACCCAGCGGGCCUGACUGAGUCCUCGUAGUCAAUUUGUGGAGCAGUGAUAUUACUUCCAUCUUCCAGAGAAAGUGCAAAGUACAGCUGCAGCCCCUGGCACAGGUGGGCAUGGGGAAGCGAUACUUCUGUGACUACUGCGACCGUUCCUUCCAAGAUAACCUCCACAACCGAAAGAAGCACUUGAAUGGGCUGCAGCACCUCAAGGCCAAGAAGAUGUGGUACGACAUGUUCAGAGAUGCAGCUGCCAUCCUGCUAGAUGAGGAGAACAAGCGACCAUGCAGGAAGUUCCUGCUGACAGGCCAAUGUGACUUUGGCUCCAAUUGCAGAUUUUCCCAUAUGUCAGAGCAAGACCUGCAGGAGUUGAGUAUCCAGGUGGAGGAGGAGAGGCGGGCCAGGGAGUGGCCACUGGAAACCCCUGAGCUCCCUGAGGGCCAUCUGGAAGACUGGCUGGAGAAGAGAGCCAAGAGGCUGAGCUCAGCCUCAAGCAGCAGGGUCGAACCCCUCAGAGCCACUGUCUUCCAGUACCCCGUGGGCUGGCCGCCAGUCCAAGAGCUGCCCCCGUCCCUGCGGGCACCCCCCCCAGGGGGGUGGCCCCUGCAGCCCAGAGUGCAGUGGGGCUGAGGCCCUUCCCCGUGCUGUCAGCUGUCUCACCCUGAGGUGAAAACGCUUGUUGACACAAGGGAGGCCAAGCCCCCUUCUUGCUGAAUCCCACGGAGCCCCGAGACUGCGGGCCUGCCCUCCCCGAGGCGCAUCAGUCCCUUUAGCAGCUGCAGCUCCAUUGGCCAUCCUGCCCUCCCUCCUGGGACGUCUGGAGAAGUUGAGCGAG